CAUUGUCCUUUGAAAUCCUCAGGUUCUCAGAGCAGACGUUAGCACUCCACCCAUAUUCAACCCCAUCGAAUCCAACUUCAACUCCGAUUCCGUCAAUCAUAAACCUUAAUCUCUAUAUAUAUAUAUAUAGAUAAACAACACACAAAAAUCACUUUCUUCAAACACUAAAAAAAAAAAAUCUAAAAGUAAAAUUUGGGUCUUUUGUUCAGAGCCGCCCCUUUCUUUGAACCCUAGAAAUUUAGAUCUCCAUCUUCGUCUUCAACGUCCGAUUAGGGUUUUGUGAGAAAGAGGGGGAAGGGAAAGACAUGGACGAUAGCUGUGCUGUGUGUGCCGAUGCUCUUGAAUGGGUUGCGUACGGAGCUUGUGGCCACAAAGAGGUCUGCUCCACCUGCGUCGCUCGCCUCCGCAUCAUCUGCGAGGAUCGCCGUUGCUGUAUCUGCAAGUCCGAGUCCGACAUCGUUUUCGUCACCAAGGCUUUAGGAGAUUACACCAGGUUGAUUAAUGACUUUUCCAUCUUGCCCUCCGAUGUAAAGGAGGGUAAAGUGGGAUCAUACUGGUACCAUGAGGAUACACAAGCGUUUUUUGAUGAUGUGGACCACUACAACAUGAUCAAGGCAAUGUGCAGGCUUUCCUGCAGUGUAUGUGAUAAUGUGGAGGGGCAACCAAAUGAUGGCCCAAAGCGUCGAGCAAAGUUCAGGAACAUUGAACAGUUGAAGGGUCAUUUAUUCCAUCAACAUAAGUUGUUUAUGUGUAGUCUUUGUUUGGAAGGGAGGAAGGUAUUUAUUUGUGAACAAAAGCUAUAUACUAAAGUACAACUGAAACAGCAUAUAAACACUGGAGACUCUGAGGUGGAUGGAAGUGAGAGUGAAAGGGGUGGUUUUAUGGGGCAUCCUACGUGUGAAUUUUGCAGAUCACCAUUCUAUGGGGAAAACGAACUUUACUCCCAUAUGUCUACUGAACAUUAUACCUGCCAUAUAUGCCAAAGGCAACAUCCUGGACACUAUGAGUAUUACAAGAAUUACGAUGACCUCGAGAUCCACUUCCGUCAAGAGCAUUUCUUAUGUGAAGAUGAGGCCUGCCUUGCCAAAAAGUUUAUUGUUUAUCAAUCCGAAGCAGAUUUGAAGAGACACAAUACUCUUGAACAUGGAGGACGAAUGUCACGUUCCAAGCGUAAUGCUGCCCUGCAGAUACCAACUAGCUUUCGGUAUCGAAGUAGUGAGCAAGAUCGUCGUCGUGGAAGAGGACGAACAUUUCGACGUGAUUCUUCUGAAGAUCAACUUUCUAUGGCCAUUGAAGCAAGUUUGGAGAUAGCUAAUGCAGACCGUACAUCUCAUGAUCCAUCAUCUUCGUCCAAUGGGCAAGUUGCCCCUGACCCUGGGGAUGCAAGUGAUAUUGAUCCAAUCAUUCAGCCAUUUGAAUCAUUAGCCACAACGGAUUCUGAAUCAUCUUCAAGGUACCUUCAAGCCUUGGGGCAAGGGUCAAGAAAUGCUCCUUUGGUAGGAUCUUCUUUUCCUCCCCUCCGUAUGGCACCCAACAGCAGUCAACAAAAACCAAAACAGGACUCAGAAGGUUUGCCUAGUAACAAUAUGGCAGCACAUCUCCGCCGCCAAAGAAAUGUGACUGUUCUUAAUUCAGUUCAGGGUUGGCCAGCUGCUACCCGGGGGCCAGUGGUACCAGCAAGUACUUCUACCCAAUUUAGGCCUGCAACAAAUUCAGGACCUGUAAUGUCACAUAGUUCUGGUCAGACCAAUACCUCCACUGGUAAUGGACUGACAAAAUCAACCUAUGCAAGUUUGGCUCAACCUCGUUCGACCCAUGCACAAUUGUCAGCUGGCUCUUCAAGGGACUUGGGCAACACUAGUAGGAUCAGCCACUCCACAUCAGCCCCGGAUCUUGUGGAGAGAGGAUCUGUGGAACCUUCAAUAUCUGAUUUUCCUCCAGUUUCUGCAGCACAAAUUAACAAGUUGCCCACAAGUAGCCAGGCCUUGCCAAGUGUGGAGGAUGUUCAAGUUGCAAACAGGUCUUUGGUGGAAAAGAUGCGUGCUGCUCUUGAAUUUGAUGAAGACAGAUACGCUGCUUUUAAAGACAUAUCUGGACAAUAUCGGCAGGGUUUAAUUGACACGGGAAGAUAUCUGUAUUAUGUGCAGCAGUUUGGCCUGUCACAUCUUGUUGUUGACUUGGCUCGACUCUGUCCUGAUCCUCGGAAACAGAAAGAGCUUGUUGAGACCUAUAAUGCUAGUUUGCGAAGCAAUGGUCCACAAGGUAAUGGUUGGGGCCGUGGUAGUGCCCACUUGAAAGACAGUAAAGGCUCUAAGAAAGGUAAAGGGAAGUCUGUAGUUGCUGAAGAUAGUAAUUCAAAGGAUAAAUUAGCAAAUAGCAUUUUAAGCACCGUAAAGCAACUGCAAUCAAGCUAUAAGCCCUUAGAACAGGAGGCGGAGAUGUUAUCCAAGGAUGGGUACCGAGCAUCCAAAGGCAAAUCACAGGAAUCGGUUUUUGAGCAGCACAUGGAGUUAAGUACUGGUAGUCAACCUUUAAUGAAGCUGAGGGGCCAGAAUGAUUCCCCAUCGGCUGUUAGUGUAUCUAAUCAAAAUAUAGGAGAUGGUGGUGGAGGGAGUAAGCAACGAAAGAAAUCCUCAAAGUUCCUCAGAGCUCGAUUAGGUGAUGGCUCUGUGGCAUCACUUUUGGACCUCAAAAAUAAAGAUCCUGACUCAGAUCCGGAAGCAGUGGAUGUCCAGAACCUCACUGGAGGGUUGCCAGUGCGUGGUGUCUGGCGAAAUGGUGGAGGUCAAAAACUCUUCCCCUAGCAAAUUUUCCAAGAGAUUCUAAAACUACUGAAUUCUGGUAGUAGUUAUCAUGCAGAAGUACAAGAAUCAUAUACAGUAUCUGAAUUAUAUUUUGAUCAGGCAAAAGACAACAAGGAUUCUAUUUCUUGCCUUGAUUGUCGUCUUUUUUUUUUUGAAUUGGGUUGGAUUGUCUUGUUUAGCCGUAAGUCUGAUUUUGUGGCAUGCUAAUCUUUAAGGCAAAGACAAUGCUGCCUGAAUGGUGGGGGUGUUUCUUUUUCACCUCUUGGUCUUUCUUGAUAACCACAAGUGUUAUGUUGAUAUACAAUAAUUCUUUUGAAUAUAUAUUGUGCAAAGGUUGAAAAUCU